CUUUUAAUUUCCUAUGGCACCUAUUUUUUGUAGAUACAAAACAUUCUCGUUUGAAUUCAUAAAUUCAGUGAAGAAUUUUACGCACUUUUUAAAGUGAAGAAUAUUGAAUUGUUAAUGUUAAUUUGAUUUCUAAAAAGAAAACAAUUCCAAGUUCAGAUGAUAAUCAUCGAUUAACAACCUAACACUUAAGUUGACAGAAUAUAAGAUAUUUUUCUUUAAAAAUGUUCUGUACCUCGAGGUUAUGUUCUCGAGGUUUCGGCAAGUUAAUGAAUGGUCACUCAUUAACUUUGAAUUUCAAAAAUAUUUGUACAAACCGAUUAAAAGAUAAUAGAAAUGGUGUAAUAAAAUGGAAAAAUCUUUGGAGCAACUGUGGAAAAAUUAGUCCAACUAUUGCAACUACUAGAUCAACUACUGCUGUAAUAGUUACAAGACUUUCAUCAUCUGUUGUAAAAAAAUCUGACAAAAUUGUUGGCUCCUGGUUGUUAAUAUGUGGUGGAAUGGUUUUCGUUGCUGUAGCAUUAGGCGGUGUUACAAGAUUAACAGAAUCAGGAUUAUCCAUGGUUACCUGGCAAUUGUUAGGAGAAAAAAUGCCAGUAACGGAGGAUGAAUGGAAAGCAGAGUUUGAAAGAUAUCAGUUAUAUCCAGAAUUUCAAAUAACUAAUAAACAUAUGACACUAAAUGAGUUUAAACGAAUUUGGUGGAUGGAAUACAUUCAUAGAAUGUGGGGAAGACUUAUAGGCGCAGUAUUUCUCUUGCCAGCAUCAUAUUUUUGGUAUAAGGGAAUGUUAACUCAACCGAUGAAAAAAAAAGUUUUUGGAUUAGCAGUUUUAAUUGGCCUGCAAGGAUUAAUGGGAUGGUACAUGGUUAAAUCGGGCUUGGAAAAUCGAUUUGAUGGUCCAAACGAUGUUCCCCGAGUAUCACAGUACCGAUUAGCAUCACAUUUGAGUCUUGCGCUAGUUAUUUAUGCAGGUUUUCUUUAUAACGCAUUGGAUCAUUUAAUUCCUGCAAACAAGUUGUACCUUGAUUCAUCUAAUGAACCAAAAUUAGCAAAUACAUUAAUACAAAAUUUACUUAAAUUUAAGAAGUAUGUUUAUACAACAAAAGGGUUGAUCUUUUUGACUGCUGUUUCUGGUGCUUUUGUUGCUGGCUUAGAUGCUGGAUUAAUAUACAAUAAUUUCCCAAAAAUGGCUGAUAAAUGGAUACCUGAUGACUUAUUCGUAUUACUACCUUUUCUGAAGAAUUUUACAGAAAAUCCGACAACAGUGCAGUUUGAUCAUCGAAUAUUAGGAAUAACAACACUAUCGAUGAUAACUGCUGUAGCUUUUAUGUCAAGAAAAUUAAAACUUCCUGGUAGGGGAGCAAAAGGAGUACUUGCAAUUGUUUGUUUUGGUUAUUUACAAGUCAUUCUAGGUAUUUCAACCCUUCUUUAUCACGUACCAAUUCCAUUAGCUGCUUUACAUCAAUCUGGUAGUUUAUUAUUACUCAGUUCAGCUGUGUGGCUUUGUCAUGAAUUAAAACAUGUUCGGGCACUCCCGAAAUAAUUAUGUAAAUAGUUAUUUGUAUUUACUGAUAAUUAUUAAUAAAUAAUAGAACGAUUGUCUACUAAAAAAAAA